GCCUCCAACGUACGAUUGGACAGUUUGUGCAUCGGCUGGCCAUGGCGAGGCUCUUCAACACCGUCUCCUCCUUCGUCUUCUUCGUCGUCGUCCUCCUCCUCCUCAGUGAAGUCUCACUCGCCGCCGCCGCCGCGGACGCCGACGGAGACGGAGACGACGACAACCCCGUGGUCAAGAAGUUGUGCACCGACACGCCCUUCCCGGAGCUCUGCGACUCCAUGAUCACGCGCUACGACCAGAGCAAAGGCGCGAACGAGGAAGGCCUUGUGGGGAUGGCGGCCCUCACCUCCGCCAAGCUCCUUCUUAAUGCGACGGCCACCGCGAGCCCGGCUGUCCAGAGGGACAGCCACCCGGGCCUGAGCAAGGCCGACGAGAUCUGCUUUGAAACCUGCUUCAAGGAGCUGACCAACGCCGCCCAAACACUCGACAAGCUGUGCAUAAGCAAGGUUCAGCUCCCCCAAAUCGACAACUUCAUCAAGUUCAACAAGGAGUCGCAUGUCGAGUGGAAUUGCGAGAGGUGUCGCCAAGGGGAAGCCAAGAACAUAGCCGACGAUGUCUCCAAGGACAACGAGGCCGGGAAGGCCAUGGCUGUCCUGGAGGUGCUCGUCAACAAAGUACUAACCAAAUAAAAGAAAAGAAUAACUCAUUGAGUACUAGCUGUUACUACGUUUUUUGGUUAGUUUCCUUUUUUAUCUUGUGGGCAUCUUAUUAGUUUCCUUGGUUAUGUAAUAGUAAAUUCAUACGUGCAAUGCACACUGCUAUUAGGGCGCAAAUUAAUUGCACGUAGAUGUUAUGUAAGAUAUAAAUUACAUCUUAAUUAUGUGAGUAGCACAAACAUUUAUUUGUUUUCUUAAAAGAAAUAGACUUUGAUAUCUGUUAUAAUAUUAAUUGCACGCUAAACUUCUUGAGCGCUCAGCAUUGGAGUAAUAUAGGUCA